AUGGUGAACGGCACCGCUGCGGUGUUGGAACCCACGUUCACGGGGUAUGUCGCAACGACUCAAGAUGCACUGAUCUUGUUCGAGGCCUGUUUGACGGGCAUCCUACAUCACGUUCCUCGUCGACCUCAUGAUCGCGAAAGGAGCCAUCUCGUCCGCAGCGGCAGUGUGUUUAUCUACGAAGAGAACUCGUCAGGGAUCAAACGAUGGACAGAUGGAGUUACGUGGAGUCCCAGUCGCAUCUUGGGCAACUUUCUAGUCUAUCGUGAGCUUGAAAAGCCGUUCCCACCAGGAGAAAAGAAACGAGCGAUGAAGAAGGCCAACCGACGUCCGGUGCCGUCUGCGAGGCCUGGCGAACCCUACCCACGUCACGAUAGCAACGGUGGAUCUUAUUCUCCCUCGUCGACAUCUGGGUCGUUUGGCGAUCGGUCGCAUCAAUCGGACGUGGAACGGGCACUGGUCGGUUCCCUGGUGGAUUCAUACGGCUUCAAGGAUUCGGGGCUGGUCAAGAAGACAAUGAGCGUAACUGUCUCUGGGGUGACUCACCACCUGGUGUCGUAUUACAGCGUUGAGGAUGUGAUGCGGGGCGUUCUGAAUCCGCCGUCGAUGGUGGAGUCGCUGCGAUAUAUCCGCCCACGCGCGGAACUGACGCAGAAGCAGAGCUUCCGCGCUCCAAUCGAUGAUCUGGAGACAGGUGGACUUGAGAAUCCGAAUGAUCCGUCUCAUGCCAUUUAUGGGUAUCGGCCACAGCUGAUGGCGCCUCCUGGAUACGCCAUGCCGAAUCCCCACCCUGAGUUUUAUCUGCAUACGGCGCCUUACACUGCCUCUCACGCACCACAGUCUGCACCGAUCCCUGGAUAUUCCAUUGGAAGUUCGAUGCCCGCACAGCCCGCACAAAAUCCGUACCUUCCUGCCCCUUCCGCACCCGCGCAUGUUCAGCAGAAGACGGAGGACUAUCCGCAGUACAGAAAUCCCAACCCAGCUCCAAGUCCGUAUGGGACCAGUUUUGACUCAAUCAACCAUGCGCCAUUAUCUUCAUCCAUGCCUUCCACCCUGAACAGCACCAUACCUAGUUCUCUGAGCGAGCGCAAUCGCUCUACAUCGGAUCAAAGUGUGUCGGCUUACCGAAACUCCUCGAUCUCGUCGCGCAGUGUUGCCACGGACGUGACAUCGCCAAUCGAUCCUUCCACCCCAGCGACCUUCUCUCGAGGGAACAGUUUCAGUCUCUCGGGCCACAUGGAUGGGCCAUCGCAACAACCACCCGAGCAGCGUGGCAUUGCGCCAGCGUUCGAUCCUAGUAUUCCUCGUCGGGAGUCUAUACCAGCUCAUUACUAUACGGGAAGCGACAGGCCUCAGUAUUACAUGGGAGCGACGGCGCCGGCCGCUCAUGCGAGUUACCCUGUCUCGACAUGGACCACGGCUGCUCCAGCUCAGCCGCAAAUGUAA